GCGAAGAGUAUCUAUUUUCAAGAUUGAAAUUGUGAUUCAUAAUCUUAAAUCAUGUUGAAUGUGUAAUAUUAGGUUUGUCAUUUUAGGACAGAUAGCUACUUCCUUAUGUGAGCUGGUCACGUGGUAACUACCAGCGGAUUUUAAUAUGGCUACGGUCAGGAUGUACAUUUAACAUUAAAUAGUUUCACCGUAUUUACUACUGGGACUUUAUUAUACCAGUGCAUGACGGGCCACUGCCGAUAUUACCCGGUAACGGUGCACGAUUCCCCGGACGAGCAAUGUGUCAUUGAUGGGGUGACGGGAUACGGUCGUGUUCCGUUACGCGUCGUCUGCUUGCCAGAUAACUGUCUUGACGUCGGUACUGUACGGGGGACGGAGCCAGAGAGAUAGUCCCGGUGUUAAGUGCUAUUGUUUAUAUACAGCGGUGACAGACAGACAGCCUUUGGUCAGAUGUCAUGUUGAUGUGUGGCCUUCCUGCAUCGUAUUUUAUCAUCAUGGACAGACAGGUGAAGACCACUCCCAGCUGGUAGAGGUAACGGGACGCAGACAGACAGACAACCGUCAGUGUCGUGGACUGUUACUCCCAGCGAGUAGAGGGAUACAGACAGACAGACGGACAGUCAGACAUCUAGCCUAGUGGAUGGACUUCCUCUGACGUCAAAGCUGACCCAAGCCCGGUCCAGAGAAAGAUGAUUGGUGCCCCAGACGUGGUGGCGUUUACUAAGGAGGAUGAUUUUGGGGAGGUAGGGUACCCCAACCCCUGGGUGGUGCCAGAAGAGUUCUCUGUCCCUCUGUUCCCAUCGAAUAACAACGCCAACCCCUGGGCCAAGACGUCAUACGCCAAGUUCACUAAGGACUUCAUCCUCAUAUCAGAGUUCUCUGAGCAGGUGGGCCCCCAGCCUCUUCUCACCAUUCCUGACGACCCGAAGGUGUUUGGGACCUUUGACCUGAACUACUUCAGUCUGAGGAUCAUGUCUGUUGACUACCAGGCCUCGUUCGUAGGACACCCCACCGGCAGCGGAUACCCACGACUCAGUUUUGUGGAGGACUCCCGGGUGGUGCUGGGUGACUCUAAGGAGGGGGCGUUUGCCUACGUUCACCACCUGACCCUGUAUGACCUGGAGGCCCGAGGCUUCGUCCGCCCAUUCUGCAUGGCCUACGUCUCUGCCGACGAGAGGAAGAUCAUGCUGCAGUUCCAGGAGCUGUCACUCCUCUUCUCCCGCGCCUCCGAGUGCCUGAAGACCGGAAACCGACGGGCCUUCGCCCGCGAGCUGCAGAGGAAGCUACGUGACCUGGAGUACACAAGGUCUGUUCUGCAGAAAGAGGAGGGGCUUCAGCGGGAGGCGGGGCCUCAGGGGUGUUACUCCGCCCGCGCGGUGGACAAGGCCAAUGAGCUUGCGGCGAUGGAGAAGAGUAUCUACGAGCACCGAGACCUGCUGAGGCAGAUCACCUCGUACCCCCUCCGCCCCCGCCGAGACCCCCACGCCGCACACUGUCAACACUGUGUCACAGAGUCACAGAGACACAGAGACGCGCCGCCUGGCCCCGACCGUGACACGGGGGAGGAGGCGGGACAGAGGAGGCAGUCCUACACCCCGCAGCUCAUCAAGGGGAAGUCGGCCAAGUGUUUCGCCAAGCGUCUGAAGAACCUGACGGAGUUAUGCGAGGAGAGGUUCUACGAGGCCACCGUGGAACUACUCAACCACACAGAGCGGUGUUUCCGGGGGGACUUGUGUUACCUGUACACCCGCCGCCUGGACCGAGCGCUACGCAGGAAGCAGAACAUCACCAACUUCCUGUUUGAGGAGGAGCUAGGGGAGGAGGAAGAGGAAGUAGCGGUGCUGGGAAGAAUCUUCUGUUCUCUCAACCACACAGUGGGGACGGACUCACAUAUACACACCCCUUCCAUCGUGCUUUGCCCCGAGCCACCGGAGUCUGUGGAGGUUCUGGAGGUGAACCCUCCCUGCCCUGAUAACUCUGCCCAGCAGAGUGAGGCCCUGACCGGGGAGGAGAGGCUGGAGUCGUCACUCUCUGAUCUGACCAUGGAGACGCAGGACCAGGAAAGCUCUGAGGAGAAUAAGGACAGCUUUAGUAGUGACAGGAGUGGAGGAGAGGAGGAGGAGGAGGGACGGGAGGGAGGAGAUCAGACCCCUGUUUUUCUGCUGGAGGCUGAGGAGGGGGGAGAGGGUGAGACACACCGUGUGUGUGAGAGGGAGGGAGAGGCAGAAGGAGGGGCUGAGACAGAGGAGGGAGGGGCUGAGACAGAGGAGGGAGGGGCUGAGACAGAGGAGGGUGAUGGACAGAGAGUUCCUGACCCUGAGUUACUGGUCCAGAUGGACACGGCCUGCUGCAUGUCUCAGGAGGGCUUCCUGUACAACUCUUCUCCCCCAGACACGCUGCCUGCUUCUGGGCUGCAGCCCGGCUCUCUACCCCUUCCCCUGGUGGUCAACCAGGAGCCCCAGGCCCUGCUGCCGGUCCAGGGGGACUACGGCCUGGGUUCCCCCCACUGCCCGAGCCCUGGGGCUGGGCUGGACCUGCCCGUCUCCUCCUCGGGAGAUACCACCUCCAGGGGUUCGGACCAGGACGGGUGGGACUGUACCAUGUCAGCGUCUACGGGGUCCGAACGGGCCGGCUCACCUCUGGGGUACGGAGGGUUGGUAACGCUGAGGCAGAAGAAGAGGGCCGGGCAGGGAGCGCUCAGGUUUGUGCGUCAGUAUCCGUUUGCCCUGCAUGCCCUGUGGUCCCUACUGAGUGGUCGAACCCUGGUGGUCCUGGGAUCUGAGGAGGGGAGGGUCAGGAGGCUGGUGUCCGCUCUAGCCCUCUACGUGCCUGGACCCGGGCGCUGUGGGGAGAGGGUCCAGCCCUGGUUGUCCUGCCCCUUCAGCCUCACUGACCUACAGCGAUGGAAACUCAUAGGACUGCAGAGGAUGGCGUCUCCCGUGGGGACCAGCAUGCUCUGCUCUCUGUCUCGCUACAGCCGUUACAUCUCCGUCCUGGACGCCGACCGGAAGACCCUCCGUUGCCCCGGCUACCGCGGAACCCUCCUGGCCAACGUGGCGGACCACCGUACCCGUCUGCGCCGAGGUUCCACCUACUUCCUUCAUCUCCAGAACGUGCUCAGUAGACUGGCUUCCCGGGCCUUCCUCCUUAGCUUUACGCAUCACCUCCACCUUCCCAUCAGCCACCUGGAGCAGAGACAGGAAGUGGAGGAGAGGACGAGAGGCUUCCUGAGGGAUCAGCUCAGGCUUGGGGAAGACGACUGUUCCAUCCUGAUGUACCUGAGUCAGCUGAUCACACAGCACUACCUGGACAGUACCUCAGGAGGAGCUGUUACUACACAACCCCACCUGGAGAAGGACAACACGCCUGGAACCACACAGCAGGACCUGGAAGCUAACAACAUACUAGACCCUGCCACAGGGGGUGCUGUAAACCAACAAGACCCUGAGUCUAAUACUGGAGGCAGAGUGAAUACAGGGCAGUACCUAGACCCUACCACUGGGGGCGCUAUAACCCCAGAGACGGGCGUAGAGCCUACCACUGGGGGCGCUAUAACCCCAGAGACGGGCGUAGAGCCUACCACUGGGGGCGCUAUAACCCCAGAGACGGACGUAGAGCCUACCACUGGGGGCGCUAUAACCCCAGAGACGGGCGUAGAGCCUACCACUGGGGGCGCUAUAACCCCAGAGACGGGCGUAGAGCCUACAACUGGGGGCGCUAUAACCCCAGAGCAGUACCUAGACCCUACCACUGGGGGCGCUAUAACCCCAGAGCAGUACCUAGACCCUACCAUCCAUCAGUCUGCUACUAGGAGCAGAGCUCCACCCAGCUUCACCUUUAACUACACCACCAGUCUCCUAUACAAGAUCUGAUCUGACGGGGGUUGAAUCUCCUGAGAGCCUUCAAGUCCUCAAAACAACACCGGAGGAGACAGAUCUGCGGUAGAUUCACUCUGGGUUGGAGACGGGAGGGCCUGUCUCUGUCUCCUAGGUAAUCAGGAGAGACUGAGGGCCUGUCUCUGUCUCCUAGGUAAUCAGGAGAGACUGAGGGCCUGUCUCUGUCUCCUAGGUAAUCAGGAGAGACUGAGGGCCUGUCUCUGUCUCCUAGGUAAUCAGGAGAGACUGAGGGCCUGUCUCUGUCUCCUAGGUAAUCAGGAGGGACUGAGGGCCUGUCUCUGUCUCCUAGGUAACCAGGAGAGACUGAGGGGGUUUAGUGAAUGUAAUGUAGCAGUGUUCAUGCUGUCCAUCAAGUCCUCCUUCCGAUGAAUGCCCUAACCUCGGGGGGGGGGGGGGGGGGACCUGGACGCUGAUUUAGAUUGAAUGACAAGUCACUAUGAACCGUCCUUCUGAUCUGAGCGAGAAGUGUGUGUGUGAAACGUUAAUAUGAGGCAUGUUCUGUGUGUGUGUGUGUGUGUGUGUGUGUGUGUGUGUGUAACGUUAAUAUGAGGCAUGUUCUGUGUGUGUUCGUGCCGGUCUGUCUCCCGUGACGUUGCAUGUUGUCCACGGAACCACAGUACUACUACAGUUGCUUAGGAACGUUGACGUUGUAAAAAGAUCAGAUUGGUGCCCAUUCAACACAUCUAAUCUAACAAAAGAGGAUAAUUUGUCAAAUCUGUCACGAUUUAUGUUUUGUAACAAACCCACGAUGUAGUUACUUAAGUCCCGAUUAUAUUGGACUGUUUUCCCUGCGUAACAUGUAGAAGUUGUCCCUUUUUCAGGUUUAGAAGAAGAGGUGACCGCUAAAUGCUAACUCCCAUCCGUAUAAGCUGGUAGCAUAGCUAGCAUACAGAAAUCGUUGAUGGUAGUCAUGUCAUUUAAAAAAAAAACGAAUGCACUUGAUUGGUGACGAUGACAUGAGUUGAUGUUAACCAAGCAUUAUACCUCAACACCGUGUGAAAUAGACAAUAGCUUAACUGUAGGCUAAUUUAGCUUUGUCGCCCCCCCCCCCCCCCCCCCCCCCAAUGAGGAAGCUUGGGGAUCUUAAACCCCCGACGCGUUUCCAUGGCAACGGCGUUCCCAUUGUUUUGUUCAGUUGGAUUUAGCUCGUUACUGCAUCUGUAACCAACGCCGUGUAUAUAAACUCUGGACUGCUGAUGCUUUGUUUUGGCCAUUUAGAGGCUUUCAGCCACCGGUCGGCCAUUUUGACAGUCCUCCAUAGGAUUGAAUGGAAUUCUACAGCAUUUCAAUUAAAGGUUUCGAGGACCAAAUUACAUGUAUUUCAGUAUUUGUUGUUGUUGUAGUUUGGGACAGUAACAUUAGUAUUUUUAAGGUGGGGGGGUGGGGACGUUUAUUUUUUUUAGUGUAGCUCACGUGUAAAAUUAUACAUUUAAGGUGUAUAAUGGAAUAAACGUGUCAGAAAU